AAAAAAAGAUGGACCAGUCUUCGUGACCAGUAUCGGCGAAAUGUUGUUAAAAAAAAAAACAGUAAGUGGCCAGAGUGCAGUAACUCGUGUUAAAUGGAGGUUUGAAGAUACAUUGUCGUUUUUAUCACCACAUAUGAAAGAAAGGACUCAAAAGUCAAACUUGGAUACUGGAAGUUCAUCUGAUUCUCAUGAUAACAGUAUAAAUAUAACACAUGAUGAUGAAACCAAUCAAUUUUUAGAAGGUUCAGAUCAGUCGCCAAUUCCGAGCAAUUCUUCAUAUCAGGUCCCAUCGCCACUCCCAAGUACUUCAUCAUAUGCAAACCCAUCGCCUGCUUCUACUAUAUCCUCAUCUCUUGGCAGUAAUUCACACAAUAAAAAAAAUAAUAAAACUUCUCAACAACCAACGACUGCUCAAGUUCUUCAAAACUAUAUAGAUUCAAAAAAAGCCAAGUUAGAAUCGCCCAGUGACCACAUUGGAGCAUUUUUUACCGCUAUGGAAGCAACUACUAGAAGACUGCCACCAGUUCUUCAAAUCGAAGCAAAAGCUAAAAUUGGUGCAUUACUCUCGGAUUUGGAGAUGAAAGCUUACUAUAUUUCUACUGAACAUAAUGUUUCUAUCGCUUCGCCACAUCAAAAUACCAGCUUAUCCAACUCCUUCAAUGAUACAGCAAAUAUGACACUAACUGCACAUAAUAUUGCCUCACCACUUGAAAGUACUUCUUUUAUUAACCAAACAAACAAUAUGACGCCAACUGUUUCUCCUAGCAAACCAAUGGAUUUUUCUACUAACCAACAUCGUAUAAUUGCUCAUUGUACAACACACAUCAACUUCUGA